UUCCUUAAUCCACGCCCACCUUUGCGCUCACCUUUGGCGCGUGCACAAAGGUGAGGUCCACUGCGCUACUUCCGCGCUCGUGAGAAUUUCUGGGUUGAAGUAAGAGGGAUUGUGUGAAGAAGAGAAAAGAAAAGAGAAGAGAAAAGGUGUGAGAUCAGCCAUGGCUGAGUCCCAGCUAGAGUGCAUGGAAGACGGUCGGAUCGGUGAGAACGUCCCGGAGUCGAGGCCGGAGUUUUACUACAGCGAGGCGCAGCGCGCGGCGCUCGAGCAGCUGCUGAGGAACGGAGACGGUGCGUUCAAGACGCGCCUCCGCGAGGACAACGUCAAGGACUUCCUGUCGGCGCGCGAGGUCAAAGUGGUCCAAAGCACUGUCGAGCCGUACAGCACGCACGAGGACAGCGACAGGAAGCGCGCGGGAGACUCGACGUCUUUACGCUCGACCUACUGGCCGGAGAUGUCCGACACCGACGUGCCGCUGCUGGACAUGGGCUGGCCGCACACUGGCUUCUUUAAAGGGGUCACGCGCGUGAUCGUGCACACACACCCGCCCAAAGACAACGGGCCACACAUUAAAGAAGUUGUCCGUAGGCUGAUCCAAGAAGCACACAAGGUUAUCGCUAUUGUGAUGGACCUUCUCACAGAUCUUCAGGUCCUACAAGAUCUGCUGGAUGCGGCUUCCGGGCGUGGCGUUGCUGUCUACAUUAUACUGGACAGUAAGGGAGCACCACACUUCCUUGACAUGUGCAGCAGACUGGUGGUCGGUCCUAAGCAUCUCCAGAAUAUCCGUGCCCGCAUGCUGAGAGGUGUAGGACUUGACCUGACCUUUGGAAGGAUCCCUGGGAGUUUGGGCAACAAAUACAUGAUUGUAGAUGGAGACAAAGUGAUGUUCGGAUCUUACAGCUUCUCAUGGAGUUCAUCGCGUAUGGAUAGAAACAUAAUCACCAUCAUGUCAGGACAGAUUGUCGACUUCUUCGACCGGGACUUUAGGGAGCUUUACGCCAUGUCACGUGAGCUCAACCUCUUCAAAGAGUUCAGCAUCAGUAAAUCUCAUACAGCAGCGUCAACCCGGGUGACUGUACCAACACGGCCCGCGCUGCCCGCCACCUCCCGCUUCCAAGUGAGUCUGGGAGACAAGGGGACUCUGAAAGUGCCCGCCCACAAAUACCACAACCCCAAAUACCUGUUAGCGCUUGGCGCCCUUCCUGAAGACAUCAGCUCUCCAGAGGAUCUAAUCAAUAAAAUGGAGGAAUCUAGAAAAAAGUUUGCAGCAGAAGGGAAUCCAGUGGAUGAAGACAAUGAGAUACUGGAAUCGCAGACCCCACCUUCAUCUCUGAAGGGGAAAAAAGGUACCAAAUUGUCAUGUGUACCUUCGAAGAAGAAAAGAUUUGCUUUCCUGCGAAAAUCUAAACAAAAAGGAGAUCCUGGUCCCUCCACUACGACAAAACAGGGACCACCAACCAGUACCAUAGAGGACAGACAGUCCAGAGAGAGUCCAGAGGAACCUACUGCUGAAACGCCAACAUCUGAGAAAACAAAGAGUAAAAAGCAGAACAAGGAGAAAAAGAGCAAGUCGCCACAAAGUGAAGAUCAGGGUUCAGAAAACAAUAGAGACACCAAGAAGGGCUGUGUCAUCUCCUGAAGACUUGAAUGAAACAAAUACACUUGAAAAAGAAAAGACAUCCAAGUUUCCCCUCACUCCAAAAGAGGCUAAAAUAUAGCUAAUGUUUGCUAGUUUCACUCUGUAGACUAAUUUAGCAAAUUAGUCUCUCCCAAAAUCUUUGUCAUAAAUACAUUCCCAAAUCUCAUUUCUAGAUAAAAAUAUAGACUAGGAUUUGUAUCAUAGAUCAUCUACACAACCUGUGCUAGAAAGCAGAAUGACACCAAGUUAUGCUAGUGGUCCAAGAUGGCUGCCCACAUAACAUGGUGUUUAGCUAUACUGUGAUGUGUGAGGGCUAAAAAUAAUUCGAUUACUUAUCAGUAACUGAGUAAAUCAGAAAUAUUAUGGUUGAUACUUUCAUCACAGAGUCUCUCAUAGGCAUAAAACUAUUAGCAUUACACAUAGGAACACACUCUUUGAAAGACAGAGUGGCAACAUUAUUUGUGGUUGCUUUUUCUUACCCAGUUUUUCUCCCAAUUUACACAUUUGCCAAUUCCCACCCACUAGCUAGCUCUACCCUAUCACACAACAGCUACCAACCAGAGAGACUAAAGGCUAGCACAUGCUUCCCCUGAGAAACAUGAAGCAAGCCACGAAAGCUCUUUCGAAUUGCUGUUCAUGCUACAACACAAGGUCACUGAACACAUUCGGAGGAACUAAAUACGAGCUUAUGAAGACACCCACGAUUUGCUAGCUUUGAUAUGAUUGCCAGGGGAGAGUAAGGCCACCCCUCCCUCCCAGAGAACACAUACUAUUUUGCUCUCUUGUUUUCAAAUGAGUUCUGUUGCUAAGUCAAGUGUUUAUAGUCACAGCAAACAUGCCCACAUUAGUUCUUUAUGGUCAAGCUGGGGGUGGUGUGGACCAGGGCUAACCCAUAAAAUCCCACACUGGGACAGCACAGGUUUUCUGUAGAAAGCCCACCUUUGGCACGCCCACACAAACCACUGCAGGCUAGCCCACAUCAGGCCACUGGGGAUUUGCCCAUCGGUGCGACAUUGGCCCAAUGUGGGCAUUACAAAACCCCAUAUGGGCCAGCAUGAGCUGCCUCACUGGCCUGAUGUUGGCAUGAUUACUGGGGUAUCUCUUCUGAAUAACAAGCACAGUAAACAGAAAUGUUGUCCUUGCCAUUAGCUAGGCCUUUCAUUAAUUUUGCCAAGCAUAAUCAGUUGACACAGUCUUCAGUGAUAGGCUGUGUAAAUCUACAGUCUGGGCUGGAAAGAAAUUAGCCCCAGCUGCUACUUCAUACCAUUCUGUGUAUUUUUACUUACGUAUGAUCGUUGGUGGUGCUAUUGUUUUUGCUUCCACAAAAGUCAAAAAUAAUCCACUUAAAGCCAUUUGCUAACAACAAAGAAGGCAAAAUAGAUUUCUGUUCACUGUUAGCUAGAUUAGCGUCCAAGCUCCAGUACGAAAUGAAGAAGCAGAUAUAACACUCUAAACAUGUCUUGGCUAAGUUUCUGCAUUUGGAGUGAGCGAAGAAUUGUGCAAAUAUGAUUUUUUUUCUCAGUCAUUCUAUUAACAUCUACAGCCUGAUUUUUACAAAAUGUUACGGACUCCUUAUUUUUUUUAAACUUGUACAUUCUCAGGAACAGUAAGCCUUUAACUGCAGUGUUGGAUUAAUGUACAAACUUGCAUUUCUUGUUUGAAUGUAUUUUAAAGGAACUAUUAUAGAAACUAAUUAUUUGUCUAAAACAGAAUUUAAAUAAUUGUUUGGUGCAAUGUUUACAACGGUGUUGUGAAAAUGAUAUAGAGCUGUGCUGCCAUCUAUUGGUUACAUUGUGCCUGUGUAUAUAUGUAGAGGUGUUUGUGUGUGUGUGUGUGUGUGUGUGUGUGUGGACUAAAAUAUAUAUGACAGUCACUGAACAUGAAUAUAAGUGUGUUACUUCCUCCUGUUGAGUUGAGUGUACUGGCAUGUGCUUAUGUGUCCAGGGUGUGUUGCAACAGCUUUACCACAAAAGGGAACGCCAAUUCAGGGAAGUAUAAGGGACGCAUUCUGCAGCAACUCUCAACAGGAAGCAGAGAAACACAGGAAACAGGAAACAGGGCCCUGUGGGGUAAAAUAGCACCCUAGCUAAACCACAAAACACAUGAUCACGAUGGCUGGGUGGUUGCUAUUAAAGACUGAUUUAAAACCAGUGACAAGUUAAAAACAACUGGUAGUUAAACAUGAGACAUAAGGAAGUAGUCUUUAAUGACCUUAAAGACCUAUAGAUGUUUGGAAAGGGUGAUUCCAUGACCGCAGUGCCAUUUUUAAAUCUUUUUUUUUUUUUCAACAUUAAAUCUAAGAAAACAAGUAUUUAACCAUUUGACAAAUGUUUUUUGUUUCUUGGCUGCAUUUUGCCUGAGGUUUUUUUCGUAGUUAACUAGCAUUCAUGCUAAUGGCAUGAGGACCUUAUGGAUAUUCUUAUGUUUUACUUAAAUUCAUUUUUUAAAUUUAUAAUUUACUUUCAGUCUGUAAUUUGGUUGACAAGGUUGUACUUUUAAAGGGACCUCAUCAAUCAAUCACAAUAUCACUGAAAAUAAAGAAUGGGAAUCUUCUUUUCUUCUUCCCAUGAUCUUCAGGAAAUUUGGAUGGUGCAAGUUCCUGGGGAUAAACAUGUUCGGGUAAGAAGGGUGUGGAACUAAACUGACCUAUAAUGGAGGACUCAUGGAAGCACAAGUUCAGAAUCAGAAUCAUGCUUUUUGGGCCACAUACACUAGAGUAUAUAAGUAAUUUGACUUGCUCUUGUAGAACAUUAAACAUCAAAAUAACAUAAAUAAAGGGAAAAAAACAUGUACACCUAUCUCAGUGUUUCCAAUAUGGCUGCAUUGAUUCAACCAAUUCGCAUUAUUUAUCAGGGAAAAGCUAUGAGGCAAUCAUAACAGAAUACAAUACCAUACAUGCCAGUUUUUUUAUUAUUUGUGUACUAUUAUUUAUAAAUGUUAGGUGUGCUGAAUGGCAUCAGUGAAUGUUUACAUCUAGAUACUGUACAUCAAUAAGACAGAUCAGACUUUUAUAACCUUGCAGUUCCUCAUAUAAACAGCAGAGUGAGCAGUGGCAGGCACAUAAUUAGUCUGUGAAACAGGAACCCCAA